CAUGAGAUGAGAUGAAUCGGUCUGUCUCUGUCCCCGAGUCACCUUCGCGUGCCUUAGUGGUAGUCAACCAACGGCACUGUUGAGACCGCGGGUUUCCAAAACCAAAACCCACACAUCAUCAUCGAUCCCAAGCUUUAUAAUCCGAAAGAUGAAAUCUUUGAUCUUAAUUCCAUUCCUUUCCUCUCCUGUUUCGAUCCUUUCACUCUUUUCUGCUCUUCCCCUGCUCCAAGUAUUGUGUUCUUUUUCGACUCCAUGAGCUUCAAGAACUUUAACGUAUCCUUUUUCGUAUUUCUUUUUGUGAUGGAUUUUGGUUCAUCCUGCAACCAUGUUGUUCCUCGGCCGUAAAGAAGGCGCCUUUCGAUUGGGGCGCGGGGGGAUGGACUCGAAGCAGCAGCAGCAGCGGCGGCAGAAGCAGGAGGAGGAGGGACGACAGCGACGGCUGGAGCGACGCAACGCCGCCAAGAACUUCGACUACGGGAUGGCUGCCGGUGGCGUCUCAUGGUCCUCCUCCUCCUCCUCUUCCUGUUCUUCUUGUCAUGCCUUGUCGGACGAGUCGGCCGCUCUUCGGCCCACCCGUUCACUCGACCUUCCUUACUCCAACCAGACGAGCUUCCGGAUUGCGGGUAGCAUCGAUGGCGAGGUGGACAGUCUCUGCCGCACCCUAGGCCUGUCCGGCCCUGAAGAUUUCGCCAUUCCUCUCCUCGCCUGGGAGGCUCGCAAGGUGCGAUCAUCCUCCGACCUCCUCCACAAGAGAUCCCCGAUUUUCCAUACGGAUAGCCCAACCCGUCAAAAUCCCACCCUUGCAUCUCAAUCUCGCAUCUUGGUGCCGGAUUCAUCUCCUACUGUUCGCUCUUCCCCGUCCAUCGAAGAAGCCACAAGACGUCAGGAUGUGGAGGAGGCCACACCUGUGAAAAAUUCCUGUGAUAGUUCCAUGGAUGAAAUUGCAGUUGCGGAUGAUGAAGCUGUAAAGAAUUCCUGUCCAUCUCCUAUAUCUGGGGGAGGAGAUGAAGGAAUUCAAGUUGUUCGACCACCUGUUUUUACGCCAACAGCAAUUCUUUUAUCGUCGCAGAUAAAUUCGAUGCUGCCCACUCCCCCACUGGCGCUGCCGCCGCCUCCAUCCAUGUCACUGCCAGCCAUUGACAGGAUGGGCUCAGCUUGGGAUAUAGUUAGGUCUUUCGCUCCGGAUGAGGAGGCUGGCGAAUUUGGUGCAAGUCCAAGGAAGUCCUCAAGCUUAACCGUCGAUGUGGAUGAAGAGGACGAAAGAGAUCUGAUAGGACAAGCAGUCGGAGAGGAAGAGUUUGAGGAGCUGAGGUUAGGGGAGACCUUGGAUGGCUUCACUGGGAUGUCAUCGUACUCGCCGAUGAAUGAUGAUGAUACACAUAGUAUGACUACAAAAACGAUGUUCAAAAUCUCACCAAAUGGAAAAUUCAAGAGAAAAAUCAAGUCAUGGAUGCGAGGUGUUCUUCUAGGGAGUGGUUCCUAUGGGAAGGUAUAUGAAGGAAUCAGCGAUGAUGGUGUAUUUUUUGCUAUCAAAGAAGUUUCGUUGCUCGACCAAGGAAUUAAUGCACCACUUCAACUUGAACAGGAGGUUGCACUUUUAAGCCAAUUUGAACAUGAAAACAUAGUCCAGUAUUAUGGAACGGACAAGGAGGAGUCAAAACUGUUCAUCUUCCUUGAACUUGUCACACAAGGUUCCCUUGCAUCUCUAUAUCAGAAGUAUCAUCUACGAGAUACCCAAGUUUCUGCAUACACAUGGCAGAUUCUGCACGGUUUAAAUUAUCUUCAUGAGCGAAAUGUAGUGCACAGAGAUAUAAAAUGUGCUAACAUAUUGGUUCAUGCAAAUGGUUCUGUAAAACUUGCUGAUUUUGGAUUGGCAAAGGAGAUAACUAAGUUCGACAUGCUCAAAUCGUGCAAAGGUAGUGUUUACUGGAUGGCUCCUGAGGUUGUUAACCCUAAAAAGACAUACGGACCUGCUUGUGAUAUAUGGAGCCUUGGGUGCACUGUUCUAGAGAUGCUGACACGACAGAUUCCUUAUCCUAGUCUUGAGUGGACACAAGCUUUGUUUAAGAUCGGCCACGGUGAACAGCCUCCUAUACCAAACUACUUAUCGAGAGAUGCUCGCGAUUUCAUCAGCAAGUGUGUAAAAGUUAAUCCAGAUGAUCGGCCAUCUGCUUCACAAUUACUAGAGCACCCAUUUGUGAAGAGGUCACUGCCAAUUUCUACCGAUCCGAAGUCCUCUUCGCAUCUUCACAAAGAAAUUUAAGAAGAGUAAAGAAUUUUAAUCAUGCACCCCCAUUUUCAGGGUGCUUGUUGUAUGUAUAUUGGUUCCUUUACCCUCAUUUUGAGCAUGAUUCUGAGCUUCACAUAGUAAUGAUGUAGUUCAAAAGUUUCUUCAUUGCAUUCUUGCAAAGCUACAGGUGUACAUGUCAUACAAUUGCAUACAAUAACAAAUA